AUGUUACAACCGGUAGGUGACUGUCAUGAUCAAAUUCUGGAUAUCGCUAUUCUGGCUGACGUAUCAAGGAGUAUGAACUUCAGGCAGCGGAGAGCUAAGAUAAAACUCAUGGAUGACCUGGUAGAAAAGAAAGGCGUUUCUCCUUCAGGAAAUCAUUUCGCUCUAAUCACCUUUGCAAAGGACGUCGUUAUCGAAAGCGACUUCAACAAUAAGUCAAACUACGAAGAGGACAAAUUAAAACACUUUGUUCAGAAGACAGUAUACGUGAAACCCAAGGCCUGGGGAACACGAACAGAUCUCGCCAUGGAUCUGGCCGCCAAAGAGUUGUUUACUGAACAAAGAGGAGACAGGCCCGGUGCUAAGAACAUCAUAAUUUUGUUUACGGAUGGCAAACCUUUUAAGUCGAGGAGAGAUAAACGACGUGUAAUUCCGUUUAAGGAUUCCAUUAAAGUAUUGGAGGUAGACAAAAUAGAUUUCAGUUUAACUGACAGGUGUUCGCUCUUUUUUUUUUUUUUUUUUCUUUUAGCAAGUUUUGUUUGUUUGUUUUUUAACUUUUGAACACAUUCGUGGAGGUAACAACACAAUAUUGUGGAAAAUUAAUAUAGACCAACUUGAUGAUAUUUCGUCUAUUGUUCCACGGAAAUUUACAGCGAAACUUUGAAUUCUCUCUUUCGAAUUUGAUUUUCAGAGAUAUCGCGAAAAUGUGCCAAAAUUUGAACGACAAAAUUUGAAAUUUAAAGGUUCAUACAAGACUGAUUCAUGCAGUUCAUGACCUUGUUAAAAAUUGACUCCUUGCCUUUCAACAGAGUAAAGGUGUGAGCAUAAUUGUUGUCGGAGUCGGUAGAAACGUGUUCAGAGCAAAAAGAAAAAUGUACGAGAUGGCUGGCGAGAGGGGAAAGGUCCUUCUGUAUCCCGGUUUUGAUGACCUCCCCGGACACUUGGACGAUAUCGUGAAAGCUACUUGUGGUAAGCUGUCCUUGUUAAAUUGCUUUAUCUUUCGAUCUGUUUAGAAUAACCAUUUUAUCAAUUAAAUCAUUCAAAAAUUAUUUUAUUAAUUAUUGAAUGGUAAACAAAUUUCCUUUAAAAGAAGUUCAAAAACUUGUAUUAAGCAAUAUUCGUCUUUCAACGAUUGUUAAUAUUCCGUUUAAAAUAGACGGAUUUUUUAGGAGAUUUAUAAACAAGAUCUGUUUUUCGUUCAAGAAAAGAAAUGUAUCACAACUUCUUCGUCUUUCUGCGCGUUAGAUUGAAACAAGCGAAAGUCUUGUUAAAUUGAAGAAUUAAAGUUAAGUUAAAGUCUUGUUGAAGAAAAAUUGCUUCGAUUACAUAUCCUUUUUGAUAAAUGAGAAAAACAAAAACUUCAUCGCGAGACGUGUUGAUUCAUAAAGAUUACUUCCUUGUUCGAAAAGAGCAGCCGGCACCGGCUAAGAGGUCUUCAAUCGCUGUGCUCCUAAAACAAUGAGUUAAAAAUGUAAAAUAUGGGGAAAACCGAAUUAAUCAGCAAUGACACCGACAAAAAUGGUGUCCAAGAUGGUGUUUAAUAGUUAAGUUGGUGUAACCCACCUCCAAAUGUAGAAUCUAGUCAACUACUCUACUCCAGCUGGGCGGCGUUAUGUGGAAGCCUAAACGGUUGGCGCACUGCAGAGAUCUGAGUCAAGUAGGGCCUGGUUUCUAUAUAGCUUUUUAGCUGGUCACAUUCGUUUUAUUUCUGAAUAUACCAUUAAUAAGGGAACAUUCUUUGUCUUCUCGUUAUUAUCAGUAUCGUUUAUUGUUAUUAGUAUAGUUUAUUAUUAUCAGUAUAACUGUAAUCUUUUUAAUAGGUACCGUAAGGUGAUUUUGAUUUGCACUAAUUGAUCUCUUUUUUUCUUUGCAGAAAUGCCAGAAAUGCAAAUGCCUGUACCUCACCCGGAAGGUUCGUAAUUUUGAUCAGUUUUUUAAUGCAAUUAACCAGUUAUUUUCUGACAUGGCAGACACCACUUUUGUGCAAAACAGGGGUUGUUCUGGUGAUCGAAUACAAUGCACGAUGCAGUAAAUCAAAGGAUUUUAUUGGCUGGUUAUAAACCGCCACAAUGGUGUUUUUGAAGCGAGAACACUUGGGUUUGUUUAUCUCAAAUUCUUAGAGACAAUUCGCUUCUCGAAUUAAUCAAGUAAAAUAAUACAAAAGUCAAUCUAUUGAACCCUUCAUGAAAAUCUUAGAUCGGUAGAAGUGAAAGUGCCAUAGAGCUGUGCGCGAUGCAGUCGCUGAGAACAGACUACAGGAGGCCUGCACUUUUCUCCUUAGUGACUAUAAUACUCUUAUUUCGAAGGCAAGUAACAUCUGUAGAAGACUCGCUGUGGUGGUAGCACAGCGUUGUUACGAGAUAUCGCUAUAUUUAGUAUGCUGAGACAUGGAUAGGCGAACAUCUUCAUGCUCACAGCUCUGCUCUCUUUUGCUCCCCGCGCAUGUAGAACAUUCAAGGGAUAGAUCAUUGAUAAAGAUUAUAUUAUCUAUUGGUAGGUAGCUGUCUUGAUAAAAAAUUGGAUAUCGCGAUACUGCAAGACAUAUCAAGAGGUGUAGGCAAGCAAGAGCGAAGGAAAAAUAUAAAAAUCAUUGAUGAGCUGGUAGAAAAGAAGGGUGUUUCCCCAUCAGGAAACCAUUUUGCUAUUAUCACCUUUGCAAUGGAAGUCGUUAUUCAAAGCAAAUUCAACGAUGAGUCAUACUACGAGGAAGACAAAUUAAAAGACUUGGUUCAGAAGAAAUUAAGAGAGGGACCCAAGGCCUGGGGAAGACGCACAGAUCUCGCCAUGGAUCUUGCCGCCAAAGAGUUGUUUACUGAACAAGGAGGAAACAGGCCUGACGCUAAGAACUUCAUAAUCAUAUUUACAGAUGGGAAACCUUAUAAGUCGAGGAGAGAUAAACGACGUGUGAUUCCGUUUAAGGAUUCCAUUAAAGUAUUGGAGGUAGACAAAAUAGAUUUCAGUUUAACUGACAGGUGUUCGCUCUCUCUUUUUUUAAGAUUCCGUUUGAGCACUUCCAUAGAUGUAUUGGAGGUAAAAAAAUUAGACUUCUUCUUUAUCAACCGCCCAUUCAGAUAAGGAUAGAAAGUACUUGGAUCCUGUAAUCUAUCCUCCUCCAGGAUGUGCUCACUAAUAGCAAAUCUGAGUCCGUAAAGAUUAAAUUCCUUUCCGUUUCAGUAGAUUAUUUCGGGUAUGUUUGGUGUUUUCUUUCUGUAAACACCAGGAGUAAAUCUUGAGGAUGCAAAGACCAAUAUAAUACUUUAUUCGAGCACCACGGCCUAUUAAACGAGGUCCUUUACGAGUGGCGAAACAAAUUUACUGCGGUAAUGAAAUAUUUACAUUUCAGAGGUAUAUGUGAAAGAAAGGCCGCCAACUGGAGCUAGUGAUCCUGCAACAUAUAUCUAGCACAGACAUACGGUGCUAGAGAAAAAGAAUGCAAACGAACGAAUCUUGCGAAUAUACUCUUAAAGUUCGCACGAUAUUUUUUUUGAACGAAACUUUAUAAACUUUCUUUUGGAUUUGUGAGAAAGUAUCCUGAAGAUUUGUGAAGAUUGUAACUUAAGCACGAAUCAUAAAUAAGGGCCUUGUAGUUUGUGACCUGGAUAAGGUUUCAUUCUCUUGUUUUUACACAGAGCAAAGGUGUAAGCAUAGUUGUCGUUGGAGUCGGUAAUAGAGUUUUCAGAGAAAAGGAGACAAUGUCAGUGAUUGCAGGAAAGAAUGGAAAAGUGCUUCUGUACCCUGACUAUGACGACCUAUCUGAACAUUUGGACGAUAUUCUAGAAGCAACGUGUGGUAAGCUCAAAAAUAACUAAUCAAUCUGUAUUGGAAAUAAAAAGUACUUGAAUCAUCAAUGGGCCUUAAUACAUAGACUGGUGCCUCUGUAUUUAAUUGGGAGAUGAGUGAAAAAAAAUUGAAUAUAAGAAAGCUCCAUCGUUCACUCAAAAUACAUAUAUAAAGUUAGAACGGUUAGAACUUUAAAGGCCAACAAAAUUGACCUUUCGGGCCUUUUAACCUAACUUUUUACAUAUUGCUCUACUAUUCUUAGUACAUUUGAUUAUCCUUUUUUACUUCUUAGCUUAACGUGGGAUUAUUUAAGAUUAUGUUUCAUGUCCCUAACUUAAAUUUUUUUAAAUUUUAAAAUUAUAUUUAUAUGUAACAGUAUUUACUUUUAAAGUUGAUUUCAAUUUAUGUGGAAUAUCUGUAAAUUAGCUGGUUUUAUUAUAUAAUGUCACAAGUGAAAAGCUAAGCGUAUGACAUGUGCUAGGGUAAUCUGGAAAGUACCAUCACACCACACCACUGUUACCUACAAGCUGUAUACAUUUAUGAAAAACAGAAAACUAAUAGGCCAGGGGCGUGGCAAACAGAAUCCGUGGUAAAGGGCGCAGCAAAUGGUGUCGGUGUUAUUGUUCAGUCUCCAAGUACGUCUGUCAUUUGACAUCAAAUAUGAAUAAUUUGAACGGACCAGCCAAGCAAGUGAAAACAAGGGGCGGUUUUGGUGUCUAAUAGGUAACGGUGAAUGAGUGAUUGCAAAUCGUAAAAUGGCGUCGAGCUAAAACCUUAAGGCAUUAUUGACCAUAAAAAAGUUAAACUUAAAAAAAUACGGUAUCUUAUAUGACCUUGCAGCUUUCUAAUAAUAUGAAAGUCAUGCAUUUCAUUUUUCUCUAUUGAAAGCAAUUGACGGUGGAUACAGCGAGUUUUCUGAGUCUGAGUGCAGUGUGACAUGUGGAGGAGGGGCAAAAAAUCUGACAAGAACUUGUACCAAUCCGCCGCCAUCUGACGGUGGCAAGGACUGCAGUGAACUAGGACCAGCUGAAAAGACAGUUUCAUGCAACGAAGCAGAAUGUCGUAAGUAUCUCUAGUGUCACUUUGAGUCAUCUAUGGUUAGAGCGGUCUAAUUAGAUAUAAAAAAUUUUGUUUACCUGUUGUAUAUGCUAUAGCUGAAGUAAAUAAGCACAACUGAAGUUGCAGCUUUUGGUUGUUUGUAUAGCAAUUGAUGGUGGUUACACUGAGUUUUCUGAGUCUGAGUGCAGUGUGACAUGUGGAGGAGGGACAAAAAAUCUGACAAGAACUUGUACCAAUCCUCCGCCAUCUAACGGUGGAAAGAACUGCAGUGAACUAGGACCAGCUGAAAAGACAGUUUCAUGCAACGAAGCAGAAUGCCGUAAGUAUCUUUAGUGUCACUUUAAGUCACCUAUGGUUAGAGCAGUUUAUUUACCUGUUCCAUAUGCUUUAAACGAGGUAAAUAAACACAACUGAAGUUGCAGCUUCUGGUUGUUUGUAUAGCAAUUGAUGGUGGUUACACUGAGUUUUCUGAGUCUGAGUGCAGUGUGACAUGUGGAGGAGGGACAAAAAAUCUGACAAGAACUUGUACCAAUCCGCCGCCAUCUAACGGUGGAAAGAACUGCAGUGAACUAGGACCAGCUGAAAAGACAGUUUCAUGCAACGAAGCAGAAUGUCGUAAGUAUCUUUAGUGUCACUUUGAGUCACCUAUGGUUAGAGCGGUCUGAUUAGAUCGAAAACAUUUUGUUUUCCUGUUCUUUAUGCUAUAGCUGAAGUAAAUAAGCAUAACUGAAGUUGCAGCUUCUGGUUGUUUGUAUAGCAAUUGAUGGUGGUUACACUGAGUUUUCUGAGUCUGAGUGCAGUGUGACAUGUGGAGGAGGGACAAAAAAUCUGACAAGAACUUGUACCAAUCCGCCGCCAUCUAACGGUGGAAAGAACUGCAGUGAACUAGGACCAGCUGAAAAGACAGUUUCAUGUAACGAAGCAGAAUGCCGUAAGUAUCCCUUGUGUCACUUUGAGUCACCUAUGGUUAGAGCGGUCUAAUUAGAUCGAAAACAUUUUGUUUACCUGUUCUAUAUGCUAUAACUGAGAAAAAUAAGCAUAACUGAAGUUGCAGCUUCUGGUUGUUUGUAUAGCAAUUGAUGGUGGUUACACUGAGUUUUCUGAGUCUGAGUGCAGUGUGACAUGUGGAGGAGGGACAAAAAAUCUGACAAGAACUUGUACCAAUCCGCCGCCAUCUAACGGUGGAAAGAACUGCAGCGAACUGGGACCAGCUGAAAAGACAGUUUCAUGCAACGAAGCAGAAUGCCGUAAGUAUCUUUAGUGGGUCACCUAUGGUUAGAGCGGUUUAUUUAGAUGUAAAAAACUUUGUUUACCUAUUUUUCAUGCUAUAGCUGAAGUAAAUAAGCACAACUGAAGUUGCAGCUUUUGGUUGUUUGUUUAGCAAUUGAUGGUGGUUACACUGAGUUUUCUGAGUCUGAGUGCAGUGUGACAUGUGGAGGAGGGACAAAAAAUCUGACAAGAACUUGUACCAAUCCGCCGCCAUCUAACGGUGGAAAGAACUGCAGUGAACUAGGACCAGCUGAAAAGACAGUUUCAUGCAACGAAGAAGAAUGUCGUAAGUAUCUUUAGUGUCACUUUGAGUCACCUAUGGUUAGAGCGGUCUGAUUAGAUCUAAAACAUUUUGUUUACCUGUUCUAUAUGCUAUAGCUGAAGUAAAUAAGCAUAACUGAAGUUGCUGCUUCUGGUUGUUUGUAUAGCAAUUGAUGGUGGUUACACUGAGUUUUCUGAGUCUGAGUGUAGUGUGACAUGUGGAGGAGGGACAAAAAAUCUGACAAGAACCUGUACCAAUCCUCCGCCAUCUAACGGUGGAAAGAACUGCAGUGAACUAGGACCAGCUGAAAAGACAGUUUCAUGUAACGAAGCAGAAUGCCGUAAGUAUCCUUAGUGUCACUUUGAGUCACCUAUGGUUAGAGCGGUCUAAUUAGAUCGAAAACAUUUUGUUUACCUGUUCUAUAUGCUAUAACUGAGAAAAAUAAGCAUAACUGAAGUUGCAGCUUCUGGUUGUUUGUAUAGCAAUUGAUGGUGGUUACACUGAGUUUUCUGAGUCUGAGUGCAGUGUGACAUGUGGAGGAGGGACAAAAAAUCUGACAAGAACUUGUACCAAUCCGCCGCCAUCUAACGGUGGAAAGAACUGCAGUGAACUGGGACUAGCUGAAAAGACAGUUUCAUGCAACGAAGCAGAAUGUCGUAAGUAUCUUUAGUGUCACUUUGAGUCACCUAUGGUUAGAGCGGUCUGAUUAGAUCUAAAACAUUUUGUUUACCUGUUCUAUAUGCUAUAGCUGAAGUAAAUAAGCAUAACUGAAGUUGCAGCUUCUGGUUGUUUGUAUAGCAAUUGAUGGUGGUUACACUGAGUUUUCUGAGUCUGAGUGCAGUGUGACAUGUGGAGGAGGGACAAAAAAUCUGACAAGAACUUGUACCAAUCCGCCGCCAUCUAACGGUGGAAAGAACUGCAGUGAACUAGGACCAGCUGAAAAGACAGUUUCAUGCAACGAAGCAGAAUGUCGUAAGUAUCUUUAGUGUCACUUUGAGUCACCUAUGGUUAGAGCGGUCUGAUUAGAUCGAAAACAUUUUGUUUACCUGUUCUAUAUGCUAUAGCUGAAGUAAAUAAGCAUAACUGAAGUUGCAGCUUCUGGUUGUUUGUAUAGCAAUUGAUGGUGGUUACACUGAGUUUUCUGAGUCUGAGUGCAGUGUGACAUGUGGAGGAGGGACAAAAAAUCUGACAAGAACUUGUACCAAUCCGCCGCCAUCUAACGGUGGAAAGAACUGCAGUGAACUAGGACCAGCUGAAAAGACAGUUUCAUGUAACGAAGCAGAAUGCCGUAAGUAUCCUUAGUGUCACUUUGAGUCACCUAUGGUUAGAGCGGUCUAAUUAGAUCGAAAACAUUUUGUUUACCUGUUCUAUAUGCUAUAACUGAGAAAAAUAAGCAUAACUGAAGUUGCAGCUUCUGGUUGUUUGUAUAGCAAUUGAUGGUGGUUACACUGAGUUUUCUGAGUCUGAGUGCAGUGUGACAUGUGGAGGAGGGACAAAAAAUCUGACAAGAACUUGUACCAAUCCGCCGCCAUCUAACGGUGGAAAGAACUGCAGUGAACUAGGACCAGCUGAAAAGACAGUUUCAUGCAACGAAGCAAGAUGCCGUAAGUAUCUUUAGUGUCACUUUGAAUAACCUAUGGUGAGAGCGGUUUAUUUAGAUGAAAGGAAGAAUUUUGUAAGUAUUUUUGCUGCUACUCUGUGUAUUGUGUAGGAAAAAUUCUACAUCUACAUUACUACACUUUCGUUAAAACCCUUACCAUCUUCUUUCUGCAUCAUCAUCUAAAAACCUGGUAAUAACUGGUAAUGAGUGUUUUUACUGCUACUCUCUGUUUUGAUAACGAAGGCAAUUAUAUUUCAUCUACUGGACUACACUAACGAUAAAAAAAAACUACCAUCUUCACUCUGCGUUUUCAUUUCAAAACCUGGUGAUAGGCAUAAUUCUUAUAAAGAAGAUUUCCUGAGUCUAAUAAGCUAUCACCAGGAGUUUUCUAUGGAUAAGUUGUAUGAUAUCCGAUGUUCCAAUUUGCUAAUAAUAAAGUGGACAGUAAAAAAAAUUGACUUCAUUAGAAACUUUGCGUUCAUCUCCCUACGGUUCGUUUUAAUCUAAAUGAAGAGUCUUCCAUUGAGGCUUUCUUUUCCUCAGAUGCAAUCUAAUCUUUCCUAAGGUUAAAAUCACUUUGCUGAAAUACAAAUAAAUUGUUCGAGCUUGUACUUUACAAGUUAUCACUUGAAAAAACAAACAUAAGAGAUGCUUCUUUUGUUGUUGUUGUGUAGCAAUUGAUGGUGGAUACACUGAGUGGUCGGAGUCUGAGUGCAGUGUGACAUGUGGAGAAGGGACAAAAAUACUUACAAGAACCUGCACCAAUCCUUCGCCAUCUUGCGGUGGAAAGAACUGCAGUGAGCUGGGGCCAGAUUUUAUGACAAUUCCAUGUAACGAAGGAGAAUGCCGUAAGUAUUUAAGCGUCAUUUUGAGUCUCCUAUAGCUGAGCGAUUUGAUUAGAUGUAAAGAAGUUUCUGUGUAAAUGUUUCACGUGUUUGAACUUCAGCAAAGGAGUAAAACUGAACUAACAGCUUUUUUUUUGUUGUUGUUGUUGUUUUAUUUCUUGUAGCAAUUGAUGGUGGAUACACUGAGUGGUCGGAGUCUGAGUGCAGUGUGACAUGUGGAGAAGGGACAAAAAUACUUACAAGAACCUGCACCAAUCCUCCGCCAUCUUGCGGUGGAAAGAACUGCAGUGAGCUGGGGCCAGAUUUAACGACAAUUCCAUGUAACGAAGGAGAAUGCCGUAAGUAUUUUAACCGUCAUUUUAAGUCUCCUAUGGUUGAGCAGUUUGAUUAGAUGUAAAGAAGUUUCUGUGUAAAUGUUUCACAUGUUAGAACUUCAGCAAAGGUAUAAACUGAACUAACAGCCUUUGUUUUUUGUUGCUGUUGUUGUUUUAUUUCUCGUAGCAAUUGAUGGUGGAUACACUGAGUUUUCUGAGUCUGAGUGCAGUGUGACAUGUGGAGGAGGGACAAAAAAUCUAACAAGAACUUGUACCAAUCCUCCGCCAUCUAAUGGUGGCAAGGACUGCAGUGAACUGGGACCAGCUGAAAAGACAGUUUCAUGCAACGAAGCAGAAUGUCGUAAGUAUCUUUAGUGUCACUUUGAGUCACCUAUGGUUAGAGCAGUUUAUUUAGAUGAAAAAAUUUUGUUUACCUGUUCCAUAUGCUAUAACCGAAGUAAAUAAACACAAUUAAAGUGGCAAAUUUUGUUUGUUCGUGUAGCAAUCGAUGGUGGUUACACUGAGUUUUCUGAGUCUGAGUGCAGUGUGACAUGUGGAGGAGGGACAAAAAAUCUGACAAGAACUUGUACCAAUCCUCCGCCAUCUAACGGUGGAAAGAACUGCAGUGAACUGGGACCAGCUGAAAAGACAGUUUCAUGCAACGAAGCAGAAUGUCGUAAGUAUCUUUAGUGUCACUUUGAGUCACCUAUGGUUAGAGGAGUUUAUUUAGAUGUAAAAAAUUUUGUUUACUUGUUCCAUAUGCUAUAACUGAAGUAAAUAAGCACAACUGAAGUUGCAGUUUUUGGUUGUUUGUGUAGCAAUUGAUGGUGGUUACACUGAGUUUUCUGAGUCUGAGUGCAGUGUGACAUGUGGAGGAGGGACAAAAAAUCUGACAAGAACUUGUACCAAUCCUCCGCCAUCUAACGGCGGAAAGGACUGCAGUGAACUGGGACCUGCUGAAAAGACGGUUCGAUGCAAUGAAGCAAUAUGUCGUGAGUAUAUAAACCAUCGUAAGACUUGCAGAAGCAGUUUGGGCGAAGACAGAAUCAAUUACUAUUUUAUACUUGUUUAUUUUCAGAGCUUAUCAAAGAGAUACCAGAAAUCUGCUUGAUCUCUUUAACGUCUCUCUCCAAACUCGCAACCUUCUGGUUCUAUUUGCGAAACCCAAUGAGAAAAAAAGACUGUCAUUGAUUAACGUUAUGUUUAAGACGUUGCAAUCCAAUCAAUUUUCUCGGACCGAUUAUUUGGUAAUAGUAAAUUGAAAGACGCAGUACAGCUAAGUGUAAAAACAAAACUCUUGCUUAGUUUCUCGGACAUAGUGCCAGACUGGGAAAGUGGGAAAAAAGGGAAUAACAAUAGAUAGAGAGUUAGAGUAACCAUAGCAGUUUAAUUGAUUCCUUUUGUACAUCACCAAGAUUUUACUCCUCCACAGCUCCUCCAUGCACAGCUGGACUCGACAUUGGAAUUGUACUCGACAAAUCCGAGAGUGUCAGAAAAGCUAAUCUGAGAAAGGUUAUCACCUUCUUGUGUGAACUUGUGAAGAAAUUUCACCCGUCACCAGAAGAAGACCACUUCGGUCUCAUCACGUUUAACAAGCGAGCGGAACUGGCGUUUACCUUUGCGGAUUCAAAAUACCAUGACAAGGAAGCUCUCGUGAAGAGAAUAGCCGAUGAGCCAAUUAGACUGCGUCUUCAUACUCGCACCGAUCUGGCUUUAAAAUUGGCAUUAGACUCGCUGUUUACCAAGGCAGGGGGAGACAGACCAGACAAACCAAAUGUCAUGAUUGUAUUGACAGAUGGA